UCAACGUUGCUCGGAAACAACUUCUACACAUCAAAGCUGGUGGUUGCUUAGUUACAUACAGAUUUUUUUUUUGCUUUUGCUGCCCACUUGAAUGACGUUGGUAUCAGGCUAAACUAUACAGUAGUAUUCAUCUCGUCUGUUUGUAGCGAAUGUUGCCGUGUAUUUAAAAAUUUUAUAAUUUCAAAAUAUUAAAAAUACUUCUAGAAAUCAACUGUAGCGAAAAGUAGUUCAGAAAAUUGUAUUUAAUACAGUGUAAAAAGCUAUGUUAGCUUUAAAAUUAUGUAGAAAGGAUCAGACUAUUAUGAUCUGUGUGGUGCUAAUCUUGGAGUUGCUGGCUAUUCCAAUCAACAGCGUGACAUCCGGAAGUAAGAAUAAAACGGAAAUUCUUAUCAAGAAGACGAUGCUCUCUCAGCAAGGUGUAAAAAUCCGUGCAAUGGAACAGAAGCGGACUGACAGUCGGCUUCCCUUACCUCCUCGAUACAUGUUGGAUCUGUACGCCCGCUAUCGGUCUGGCCAGUACCUUAACAACAAGAAUCGUGGAGACACUGUUCGUAGCAUUCUACCAAAAAAGGGAAAAUUGGAGGGCAAACAUAUUCUUAUAUUCAACUUAAGUGGAAUCCAUCCCACUGAACGUAUACUUAAUGGAGAACUUCAUAUACCAAGAAGAUGGAAAAUCAAAUAUGGUAAACACCAAAAACAAGACUCCACUGUGUACCAUUUAGUGCUGAUAGACUACAGUAAGACAACGGUUACCGUUCUCGAGAAGCUGACUAUGGACCAUCAAGGACAAGGUUGGCAGAAUUAUGACGUCACAAAGCCAAUAACAGCAUGUCAUGAGAAAAAAACGUGUGGGAGUGUAUUUGCUAUGAAACUAGAAGUCCGUCGAAGUAGAGGCAAAUAUAAGACUGUGAACAUAUGGAGGAUUAUACGCAAAACCUCCAAACCAUUUCUCAUAAUAUUUUCUGAAGAUGACAAAAGGAACGAAACAAUCGAAGACUUAGACGAAAGAUUUUUAUUUUAUGACAACUUGAAAAAGAGUAAUAUGAUGUCUCUUUCUUACCAGGAAACGAAGCAGCAGCUGCUCAAUCGUUCGAAACGAUCUACAUGGGACAAUGAACUUCCCAUUGACCCAAUACAUACAAACAAAAUUCCAGACCCAAAUGUUAAUGCUUUUCAUUCUCACACAGAAACCCAAAAACGUGACCCAAGUCUUAUUCCUUACCCAGAGGAAACCAAUUACUGGAAGUCAUUUGGAAAAUCUAAGGGUUUCAAGCGAAGAAACAGAAAGAAACGCAGAAGAAAAAACAGAAAAUUGCCCCACUUCCUCCAUCCCAAAGGUGAACAAAUCCAUGAAAAUGACGCUUCCCUUCAUAACAAGUAUGGAACUUUUUCAGACCUAUGUCGACGAAGAAAGCUAAGAGUAAACUUUGCUGAUAUUGGCUGGAGUAGAUGGAUCAUUGCCCCAACCUCACUGGAGGUCCACUUUUGUUCUGGCCAUUGUCCAUUUCCUCUAACGAAGAAUUUUCGGCCGUCAAAUCAUGCUACAAUCCAGAGUAUUGUGAACGCUAUUGGGUUGAAUCCAGGUGUCCCUGCACCCUGUUGUGUCCCCGACUCCCUUUCUUCAGUUACUCUUCUUUACUUUGAUGAAGACGAAAAUGUUGUGUUGAAAAACUACCCUAACAUGUCAGUACAAAAUUGUGCCUGUCGUUGAUUGUGGCUCCAUCUGUUGGAACGUCAAGUGUUUUGCACAAUGUUCAUAGUGAAUCUAUUAUAGGGUAAAAUUUCUACUAUUUCGUUUCUUUAAAGAAAGAAAUACAAAGUUUAGGCUAGAAAUCAAACCGGGUAAAUAUACAUUUGUGCUUCCAAGUAAGUUUUAAGAUUGCAAUGGUCUUAUUCUCUUUGUUAUUAGUAGGUUUAAUGACGUCAAAACUAUACUAAAAUAUACGUCACUCAAGUGAAUUUUAUUGAACCUUGACAGCAUAGAUUUCAAGACAGAUGUUUAUAACCAAGUGGAUACACAAUAUUUUCAUGUAAAGUACAUAGGUUUAUAAAUAUUGUGUCGAUAUAAUUUAUUAUAUGUGUACUUACUUCAGAGAUCUAACAGGACAAUGUCAUGUAUACAUUUGGCAAGAGCGUUAACUAAAACAUAUCAUGACUUUCUAUAAUUUACUUUAAGUUCCAAAUAAACAAUAUCGUGUAUAACAUUUAACUUAGACUUUCAAAUGACCAAUGUCGUGCGUAACUAAUAUGUGAAGGUUUCAACUGAACAAUAGCAUGUAAUAUUUACCUAAGAGUACUUACUGAAUAAUAUCAUGUAUAAUUCUUAAUUUACAGCUGUAUCUCAACAAUUCAACUUUAAUAUUAGCUGAAAGUUUUUACAGUGUAAUGUAAUAUUUCACUGCAAGUUCUUACUGAAGAAUAUCGUGUAUAAUUCUUAAUUGAGAGCUUUAUCUCAACAAUAGUAAUUGUAAUCUUCUCUGAGAGUUUUAAAUGAACAAUGUCAUACAUAACAAGACAAUAUCCAACGUAAAAUUUAGCUAAAAAUCCGAUUAAACAAUGUCAAAGUAAUGCCUACUUAAUAAGGUUAAAAAUACGUUGUACGUAAUUUAUUGAACAAUUAGUAUCUAGUAUUUCCUGGUUACUUAAGAACACGAUUGUUGAUCCCACUAAAAGGUAAAACAACACGUAGAAAUAAACUUAUAGUGCUGAUUCGUAUAAUUACUUCUUACUAGGAGUAACUAAUCUAUAUUAAUCAAUUAGUUGUUCCUAAUUAUUGAACCUUGUUUAUGUGAGUAAAUUAUAUUUACGUCUGAUCUGAUCUGAGUAAUGUCCGCCACUUCCUUAGAAAAUUAAAAAAUUACUACGAGGCCAGAAAGUUAUUAUCAAACUUUAAUAGGU